AAGGGCUUGCGUUAAGAGGCCAUCGUGACGAAGGAAAUCUUUCUUUAGAAAUGCCUGCUGAAAACGACGGGAACUUCAGGGCUCUUUUGCGUUUAGCAAUAGAUAGUGGCGACGAAAAUUUAAAAAAACAUGUUCAAACUGCAGCACGUAAUGCUAAUUAUUUCAGUUGGCGCAUCCAAAAUGAAAUUAUUGAAAUAGCAGGACAAAUAAUACAAAAAAAAAUUAUUAACCGUAUUAAUAAAUCUCAAUGCUUUGCAAUAAUUGCUGAUGAAACCACGGAUGUUAGUGGCAUUGAGCAAUUUUCAAUUUGUAUACGGUAUGUUGAUCGUUUUGAGAAUGAGGAAAAACUGAGAGAGGACUUUUUAUGUUUUGUUCCUGUUGAGGAUACAACUGGCAGCGGUCUUGCGAAUGUGCUAAUUGAUAAAUUAAAAGAACUUAAACUUAGUUUUGCACACAUAAGGGGUCAAGGUUAUGACGGAGCGCGGUCGAUGAGUGGACAUGUCAAAGGUUGUGCUAGUGUCAUCCAAAAUUUAUAUCCAGCGGCUCUUUAUGUGCACUGUGCUAAUCACAGCUUAAAUUUAGCCAUCGCAACGACUUGCAAAAUACCUGCUAUAAGAAAUUGUAUUGGUUCCAUGAAAGAGACCGUAAAUCUUUUUCGGAUGUCAACUAAAGCAGGCACACUGCUCAAAAAUCUUAUUCUUGAAUCCUUUCCAAACUCAAAGUAA